AUGGGUUCCAACAAAUCCAAAACGAAUGAUGGCAAAAAGUUGGAUCAAGGCUCCACUAAAAAAAAUAAAUCGGUUUUUGGUGCUGGCGUCCAUGUUGGGCGUACCGGUAAUGUAGACCUGGCGGGUCGUAACAUGAAUUUCUUAGGAACCAAAAUUGUUAACAUGAUUAACAACGACGAGCUCCACCGAACGGCCACCUCAUUAACCUUGUCCCACAACAAACUCUAUACCAUCGGAAAGGAGAUAGCGUUCUUGCCGAAUAUUCGAGAAAUAUACAUUGAUGACAACAAAUUCGAGCGUCUGCCGAAGGCGAUCCACGUUUUACAGCGGCUCUGGAAGAUCGACGCGAGCGUGAACGCGCUGGACCACAACAGCGGGUUUGAGGUGCUGCCCAGCCUGGCCGCCUUGCGGUCCCUGACGUUGUGCAAGUGCAAUCUCACCCGAGUCCCCGGCCCUCUUUUUAAGUGCAAAUUCCUCGAGGAGCUCGACCUCUCCGACAACCCGGCCAUCCACCUCCCUGAAGGUCCCUUCGCGUCGUUGGAGAAGCUGAUGGUGUUGCGGAUCGCGAACUGCGGCAUCAAAGGCGGCGCCCUUCCCGACAACAUCAAACGCAUAACAACCUUGCUGACGCUCGAUAUCUCCGCGAAUCAAUUUAGCAGCUUUGAGGAGACCUUUUUUGGGAUGACGAUCCCCCAAACACUCCAAAGUUUGCAUCUGCGGGAGAUGGGCCUGGAGUCCAUCCCGCAGGUUAUUGUGAAGCUUAAGAAUUUGGAAUAUUUGGACCUCGCGUUGAACCCGAUCACGUCCUUGGAUGUGCUCGCCGGUCGGUUAGUCCGACAGCCCCCCACCCCGAUCGGGAACAUCCACACGUCGCGCUCGUCGGAGGUGCCGGUGGAUUUCGAGGCAACCUACCACCCAGCCUCCAACUCGCUCGAUUUGGAGGAGGAGAACGCGAAAAAAAAUCUCAACCUCAGCGCGAGCAACUUUUCCGCGGCGAUCGCCGCGGCCGACCCCGCCGGGGGGAGGUCCGGAAGGGAAAAAGACGCCGCGUUGGAGGGGAACUCGAACGCCGGGGAUGAUCAUGGCAGCAUUAGCAGUCAUCUGAGUAUCAGCAAAUUCAGCAAGGCCGGGAUGAUCGCCAACGUGGCGCUGCCGAUCUUGAUCAAGAAGCUCUCGCUACGGAACUGCGGCCUGCGCACCGCCCCGAAGUACUUUCACAAGCUGACGAAUCUGGAGGAACUCGAUCUGUCGGAAAACUACAAUCUCGAGGAUCCGAACAUGACGCUCUUUUCGCUUCAGAAUUUGCGGGUCUUGAACAUCGUCGGAUGCCCCUUUGCGGAUAACCGCUGCAAGACCAAAAAUGAAUGGUUCGAUAUCGCGAAGCUACGCAAUCUGGAAAACAUUCAGUGGGAGUUGUGGAUGGGUAAUCACAACCUAAGCCCAUAUCGUACUCGAAUUCCCAUUGAAAUAUGUGGCUUGCCGUUGAAAACGAUUAAUCAGAUCAAGCUGCGAAGCGAUCUUUUUGUUGGCGAUACUAUCAAGACAACCAUUAACCUCCUGCGCGAUGCGUACUUCAAAGUGGACUUUUCCGUAGAAGACAAUGUUGUGGAUUCAUACAUGGAGGCGAUUCACACUUUUACCCAAGCGAGGGCGUUUUUUUUCCAAAAGAGAUCUCGUUAA